AUGCUGAAGGCCGUCGUUUCACUUUGCUUAGUAGCAUCUGCGCUGUGCGCCAAGUGCGACUCUCCCAAGUUCUCCGCUUCAUCUUUCUCUACGACCGAUGGAUUCUUCCACUACAGAACAACUUUCAUCACCGAGUUCACUCUUCAAUGUAGCAACAACCCAAAGAACAUCCAAUACACAGCUGAAGUGAAUGGCCGCCUUAUCCCAGUCUCCACUUCUGAUGAGACAGCCAAGUACCAAGUUUCCUGGACCCUUGACCACGCUGCCGCUGGAGCCCAAACUUUCAAUAUCAACAUCUACGAUGAGGAAGGAGCAGCUCAACUUGCCAAGAAUCCAUCCACCAGCCCACUCUUCACUGUGCAGCAGAACCAUUCCGGACUCGCCUCAAAGUCGCCAGUUUCUUCUGAGACUGUUGCUGUCAUCGUUCUCGUCGUUGCUCUCUAUCAUGCCAUUCGCCAAAAAACCGAACUCGUUCAUUAA